AUGACUUUUCGUCUGCUCCGGGCGGCCCGCUUUGCCAGCCGGACGAGCGCAGUCCGGGCGAGUGCGCUGGCGGUGACUGCCGGAUCAGCAUCCCUGCUGAAGAAGCCCGCCUAUGCUCCGGCGUCCUGCCAGGGAGAGAAGCCUUGGGAUCAACUGCGAGCAGCGCUGCCCGACAGCGAGCCAGGGUUGGCAGCAGAACUCGCUCUCAAGGCAUCGAUGGCAGCGAUGCUUGGUGCCAAUGUGGUUCAUGGAUUCGUCACCAUCCGUGAUUUGGAAGGCUUACGGGCCUUCGCGCCGUGUAGCUUUGACUGGUCUCAGCUUCUGGGCGAACACAAACGGCCUGUACUAUUCUACUUUGUUGACGGCGAGAGCCUGUGUGAAUCGGAAGCUGAGAGAAAUCAUAGCCUCAAGAUGGUAGAGUGGCUCCUGCAGGUCGGCGCUGAUCCACAGCAGCGGCUACCUGCCGCUGAAGGGUCGUUUUGGCUUCAAAAGGGAAGGGACAAACCAGACACACAGAUCGAGGUUCGCUACGGUGGGCAUUCCGCCCUUUCGCUUGCUUUUGCAUGGCUUCGGGAAAUGAAGAAGCGCACAGGUAACGCGGACUGGACAAGACAGGAGCAACACCUGAAACAGGUCAUUUCUCUUUUCUCGCGCUCAUCCUCCCAGCAGACUCUCAAUGGUGCAGAUGUUGCCGUGCCUCAGAGUAUCGUGGAUUUGUGGGAGUCCAUGCGGGACUUGACCGCAUCGCACAACGUGAUCUUCGAGAGUUCAGACGGAGAGGUGGCAGCAAAUGAGCACAUCCUCACCGUCGCUUCUCCGGUUUUGAAGGCGAUGCUCGAGUCUGCAAUGAAGGAGGGCACAAGCAAACGCAUUCAAGUCAAGGAUUCACCGUCCUCAGGCAUCUCGCUGUUUCUGGAUGUUCUGUACACGAGCUCGACGCGCGAAGACCCCGACCAUGAGACCGUUCUUGCUGCCGUGGACUUGGCCCACCGCUGGCAGGUGCAUAGCGUCGUGCAGAUCCUGUGCACUGCGCUGCAUGGCAUGAUCGAUGCCAACAGCUUCGUGGCUAUCGCAGAAGCUGCAGUGCUGAAGGGGUUGGAGACGCUAGUGCGAGCAUGCACCUCCUUCGGCUCCACGGAUCAGCAGGUGCAGGCGAUGCUAGAGAAAGGCGAUCUCCCGGUGGCUGUUCGGAAGCUAGUGGGGAAGCCUGAGCACGAAAGCCGGGAGCAGCAAGAAUCAAAGAAGCGGCGGCGGUUCCGAUCUUCAUGA